GAUUGGGCCUUGGACAGCCCUGGUCUAGAGGGACAGAGCAGGUCAUUCACGCGCAUGCGCGUGAUCACACGCUGGGGAAGCCGCUUUUCUUGAGUUUGUGUACGCGCAAAUUCAACAUUGUCUGCAUAACAUUUGUUUCCACACGGCUAUAAUAGCAACUCAAAUGCUGCAUUUCAUUAAGAUGGAAAAGGAGCGAAAACCAUAAGGUGGAGGUCAACGCUUUAAAGAGCCAUUUACCGGCUGCGCAAUAUCUAUAAAAAUAACAAACUGAUCUUCUACAUAUUCAUUGUUUGUGUGCGAUAUGAACACUUUCAACACUUUCAAAAAUCGCCACAGUAGGACUGAAGAAACAAUGAGCCAAUUACCCACGAGAAAGAAUUUGGCUUGGCAUCUCUGAGUAAAUGUUUGGGACAACUUCAGGUCCACACCACUCCAGAGGAGCAGAUGGUGUAUGUGUGAGCAGGACGACAAUGAAGAAAAAAGGUUCACACAAGCAUAAGCACAGGCAUUAUGUGGGGUUAAGCAGGUCAAUAGUUCCACCUGUACGAAACAUUGUUGGCUGCAGGAUAAAGCACAAGUGGAAGGAGGAUUGUUACAGUCCAAUAUCACACUGGACUGGGACAGUACUAGACCAGAUUCCAGUAAACCCUUCCCUCUACCUUAUUAAGUAUGAUGGCUUUGAUUGUGUAUAUGGCCUGGAGAUUCUCAGAGAUGACAGGGUUCAAGGUCUUGAGAUCUUCACUGAUAAAAUUGCUCCAUAUCGAAUAAGUGAUGCUCGUCUAGCUGAGCAGAUGUUGGGUCGAGCUGUGGAGCACCAGUUUGAGAUGGACGAUGGAUCAAAGAAUGGCUGGAAAGGGCUGGUGCUUGCCAGAACUCCCAUCAUGCCCACAUGGUUUUUCAUUACUUAUGAGAAGGACCCUGUUCUUUACAUGUACCAACUUCUUGAGGACUAUAAAGAAGGUGACCUUCAAAUUCUCCCAGAGUCAGAAGACCUCACUGAAGUGAAAGAGGCUGGUGAAGCUUUUGAAAGUCUUGUUGGAAAGCAAGUGGAAUAUGCGAGUGAGAAUGGCACACAGAAGACCGGCACAAUUAUUCAUCAGGUUCAGGCUAAGCCAUCCGUCUACUUUAUUAAAUUUGAUGAUGACUAUCACAUCUAUGUUUAUGACAUGGUUUGAGUUUAGACAUUUGGCACUAUGAUACAGUGAACAUUUCUUGCUUUUUAAUGCUGUUUCUCUGAAUGUUUUGCAUAGGAAACCUUUUCAGUUAAUGCUUAAUUUGGCUGUAUAAAAGUUUUGCUGUUGUGAGGCUGCCAUUAAUGUCAUGAAGUCGUUUUCCUAUUAAUUAUUUGUGACAUUGGCUGGUGUCUUGCUUGCUCCCUUGUGGACGUGCAGCCAUCAGCAACUUGAUUGGUUGUUGAUGUUUAUUUUGUUAGUUUUUCAUUUGCUUAAGUAUGUUGCUGCUAUGGUGACUCAUUCUGUCUUUUUGUGCCCUUACACUAAGUAUGUUGUUGCCUUUAUGCAAGGCAUAAAGCAACCAUAUGUGCUGAAUUGUUUUCUAUUAAAGGAAUAAAAAAAUCAAA